UCCCUGAUAAAUGCGCACACACAGAGCCACACACAUCUAGUAUCCAAAAUCCCCAAAACCGCUAAUCUUCCUUGCUUUCUUUUAGCUUUUUAAUUUAAUGGCGGAGGAACAAGUGGUAGUGUCCUCUCCAGAGGCCAGCCCCGCGCCUUCAGAUCACAAGCGCAAGCUCGAGGAGCUGGAGCCUGAAACUCAGACCGAACCCGUGGCUGACCCGCCAGAAGCUGACUCCGAAGAGAAACCCGAGGAACAUGAGCAAGAAAACAGUGUCGAGGCAGGCGCCGAUUUUCCCGAGGCCAAGCGCGCUAGGAUUGAUGAGAAAGCCGAUGGUUUAGCUGGUGAAAAUGGGUUCAAAUUAGAUAGUAAUGAGAAGCCUGUGAAGGAGUAUGCUGUAGAGCCGAAUGUGGUGAGUGCGCAGAGGGAGGAUACAGAGCCCACAUCUGUGGAAGUUCAAGAGACAAUAGAUGAUGAACAGCCCGCUGCUGAGGAUCAUGAGACUGCAGAUAGCCAGAAAGUAUCUGGUGAUGGCUCUGAGGAGGAGAACAUUCUUGAAUCGUCUAAAGCCGAGACCGAGAAAUCCCCUGAAAAGAUUCCUGAACAAGAGGUUGAUGAUUCUGCACUGCAAGCACAACCCACAUAUGAUGAUGGGCAGACUACAUCACGCAAAAUGGAAGUCCCUAAUAACAAGGUUGGAGUUCUUAUUGGUAAGGCUGGGGACACGAUAAGGUUCCUGCAGACCAAUUCGGGAGCAAAAAUCCAAAUCACCAGGGAUGCUGAGGCUGAUCCAAACUUGACAACAAGGCCUGUGGAAUUAAUAGGGACUUUGAGCUGUAUUGUAAAGGCUGAAAAGCUUAUAAAUGCCGUUAUAGCAGAGGCUGAUGCUGGGGGUUCCCCUUCCCUUGUAGCUAGGGGCCUUCCUAGUGUUCAGACUGCUGGCCCAACAGAGCAAAUUGAGAUUCAAGUUCCAAAUGAGAAGGUUGGUUUGAUCAUUGGUAGAGGUGGGGAUACCAUUAAAGGUUUGCAGAACAGAUCAGGAGCUCGUAUCCAGGUACUGAUACCUCAGCAUCUUCCGGAAGGGGAUGGUUCCAAAGAAAGGACUGUACGAGUGACUGGUGAUAAGAGGCAGAUUGAGAUGGCUAGAGAAAUGAUAGAGGAAGUUAUGAAUCAGACUGUGAGACCAUCACCUCACUCCAGCACUUUUAACCAGCAGGCCUAUCGAUCACGUGGACCCAGUGUUCAGCAUCAAUGGGGACCCAGGGCUUCCCAUGCUGCCCACUCAACGCCAUAUGAUUAUCAUCAACGAGGACCAUAUCCAUCCCAAAAUCAACAGUAUACCCAUCCAAUGUAUGGCAAUUAUCCCCCACAGCAAAUGGCACCAAGAAAUAACUUUGCUUCUGGUUGGGAACAAAGAGCUCCAUCUGGCAUGCAGGGGCAACCUCCACGGGGUGGUGGCUAUGAUUACUAUGGCGGACAGGGAGCCCGCUCAUUUGAUCAUUCAGUACCCAGUCAAGUUUCGAAUCCCAUGCAUGGUUUUGGUCAUUCCCCUGCCUCUUCCAUGGGCCCACCUCCAUCCCAGGCUAAUUACAAUUAUGGACAGGCUCGAGAUUCGGAAUAUGGUCAUCCAGCUCCUUAUUCACAGGCUGCGCAUACACAGCAAAGCUAUGGUCAUGGUCAUGGAUAUGAGGAACCGAAGUAUGACAAUUAUGCUCCAACACAGCAUACUUAUGGAGGACAUGGAAGUUCUCAGCCAAUCUACCCACAAACUAGUAGUCAACCAGGUUAUGCAGCAGAACAGCAGUAUAGUAAGCCAGCAUCAUAUGCAAUGCCAUCACAAGGGCCUCCAGCGCACGUCCCUCAGAGACCUACUCAACCUGGGCCUGGGGACAUGCCUUAUCAUGGUGCUGUUCCAUCCGCCCACUCAUAUGGUGCAAAUGUGCCACAGCCACAGCAACAGCAACAACAGUACCCCUAUGCAUCAAGUGCUCCCAUGCAGCAAACAUAUCCUUCAUAUGGCUCAGCACCUGCAGCUGAUGGGUAUAAUCAAGUACCUACUGCAACUGGUCCUGGCUAUCCGGUGCAGGGGGGACAACCAGUCUCUAGUUACGCUCAGCCCGUACAGCAGGCAGCUGCAUAUGGACAGAUGGUUUAUGGACAGUAUCCAUCUUCACAACAAGGCUACACUGAGCAGCCAGUCUCAGCCACUCCAGCCUAUGGUUAUCAAGGGGCACAAGAUCAAGCUUAUGGCAGUGCUGCUGGAGCAACCUAUAGUGUGCCACCAAGCGGGCAGCCAGCUUAUGCUCAAUCAACACCUGCUCAACCAGGUUAUGAUCAGUCUGCUGCACCAUCAGGUGGUUAUGCUGCUGUUCCAACUAAUGCGCCUGCUAGUUAUGGGAAAACUGUGUCUCCCCAACCUGGUUAUCCUCAGUAUGACUCAACACAGAUGUAUGCUGCACCUCAAUAAAAAUUUUGAUUUAGCUUGUAGGUGAGUUUGUGCCAGUGAUUAAUGUAUCUGAUAAAUUAUCCAAUGGUUUUUACUUUUUAGGUCUAUUUUCAGACUGUCGACGAAUCUCCGUUGUUUUUUUGUCUGGAUGAUACUAACUUGUCGUUGCUUCUGUAUUUCCUUGAUCGUAGAUGGUAUAUCUAGUGACUUUCUUGCCU